AUCCUCUCUCAGUAAACUUGGCCCUGAGAACCUGGUGACGCGGCUGACAGAAAGUGACGGCAAUCUGGGAGUUUUCACGUAGAGUUAUUAGCGUUUGGAAAACAGAAACCUUUACUUCAAUUAUUUGCCAAAUCAUGCAGGAAAAUCAGGAAUAAUCGUAUCUAACGAUACGAUCAUUGCAGUGUUUGAGAAGAAACACUCGAGGCGCGAGAAACAUAACCAGAGCAACAAAAGCGACUUGAAGAAGCUGCGCAAUGACAACUCAAGAGAAGGAUUUAUUGACAUAGGAGUAAUAGUAUAGUAGUCGAACUGCUAUAAGAAUAUAGACAGGUGCUUUUGAUUGACUUGGAGUUUGAGAAGAAACAGAAGCUGAAGGAUGCCUGGAGCCGAGGUUGUGGCGCUGCUUGUAGUCGUGGUGAGCUGUGCGGCGCGCGGAGGCAAAGGGACCCGGAGACUGUGUGCGGAUCUUCCCGAGGAGAUUCUGGAGCAGAGGUUCGGGCGCCUCUCCGUCGGAGUCCUCAGCGCUUUCCAUCACACACUCCAACUCACAACAGAGCCUCAGAACCUGAGUUGCCCGCCAUCAGGUCUCAUGCAGAGCUUCAAGAGGUCCAGCAUGCCGGUGAAUCUGUUAAGUCUUUCACCUUGGGCGUACAGAUUGAGACACGAACCAUCGCGUUAUCCCCGCUAUAUCCCUGAAGCGUAUUGCUUAUGUAAGGGCUGUCUGACGGGGCCGAGCGGUGAGGAGAGUGAAGACUACCGUAGUGUCCCGGUGUUUGUGCCCACAGCUGUGCUGCGCCGCUCGGGCUCGUGUGUCGGAGGCCGCCGCUCCUACACUGAGAGCUACGAGUCCAUAGCGGUGGGCUGCACAUGCGUACCUGCGCUACAGGCGCACAAGAGCGCCCACAGGAACAGCCAGAGCACACGGACAGCUGUGCAAAACUCCAACACAAGAAGAAAAGCCGGAGGUGACGGCAGCAAGAAAAAACUCCCUGAGAGGACAUGAGGAAGAAACCUUGAGAGGAACCAGGUUCAGAAGGGAACCUCAUCCUCAUUUGGGUGACACUGGACAGUAAAUAAUGUAAAUGUAAAUAAUGUCAUUUCUACAACAGUUUAUAAUAGUGAAACUGAGAGCUCCUGAGGAACUAAUGGGUCAUCGUAAACUCUGAGUUCAGCACAGACCUGAUUGCUGAUAAAGACCAGACCAUACAGCUGACUAACACAACAUUGGUUCAAAAGAAGGCAUGACAGUCUCCGGGCGGCUCCAUCCAAAACAAUCCCAUGAGACACUGACUGAAAAUGCAGAUUAAUCACCGGCAUGGUGACCACCGGGCGACGAGACUCCAACCAGCGGUAGAACAUCAGAAUUGACGAAGUAGCUCUGUAUUAUAAUGCUGCUGUAAGAAUUACACAAUCAAAUCUGACUGCACUGUACAGGUGAUACAAGCAUGUAGGCAUAUCUUGCAUAUCCUUUAUCAAACUUCCUUUGUGUACUUGCUU